AUGGGUGAGGGCGACGGAGACUUGGGAAGUGGAUUCUCGCAGUCCUACAGCUGCUUCCCAGUCUCCUUCAUCGGCAAAGAUGACAUGGAAAAGGGAAACAAAAUCUUGCUGCCUCAGUCGGCGCUGCAUGCGCUCGCGCGCCUGCAUAUUUCCUGGCCGAUGCUCUUUGAAGUCGUCAACGAGGCGAAGGAUCGCCGGACUCACACGGGCGUCUUGGAGUUCAUCGCAGAGGAGGGAACGUGUCACUUCCCCUACUGGAUGAUGCAAAAUUUGGGCUUGGAAGAAGGCGAUCUCGUGCGAGUGCGCAACAUCAGCCUCCCGAAGGGCACCUUCGUGCAGCUGCAGCCUGUCACGGCAGAAUUUCUUCAGAUGUCCAACCCAAGAGCGGUGCUGGAAGUGGCGCUGCGGGGCUACGCGGCCCUCACAGUCGGCGACCUGAUUUACCUCCCCUUCCUGGAUAAGAAUUUCCAACUACUCGUGACAGAUUUGCGGCCGGCGCCUGCAGUGUCUAUCAUCGAGACAGAUAUGGAAGUCGAGUUCAAGGCUCCGGAGGGCUACGUGGAACCCAGCGCGCGCAACACGAACCAAGAGGCAGAGGAAAUCAUGAGCAGCGAAGGUGAAGCAUCGGAGAGCGAGUCGGGCGCAGCCGAUGGACAUCAGUCUCGCCUGUUCUGCGGAAAAGGCUGUCGUCUCGAUGGCAAGGCGAUUCGACCCUCUCCCGCGAGCGCGCCGGCGAAAAAGGAAGAAGAAAAUCGGGAGCCCUGGAAGACCAAACUCCUCCACGGCGUUCGAACUUCCUGCUCGGAGUACGAGGAGCUCGUUCGCUCGGGUCGCAUUCCAGGCUUCAUCGGAAAAGUCACCCCUGGAGCCGCAGCCCGCGCGCCGGCCGCAGGUGUCUCCGGAGACACUUCGGGCGAGGGCGCGGCUGGAGGCGGUUUCGCUGCGUUUUCUGGCAAAGGCAACACGUGCGAAUGA